GCCAGAGCUUAGCGACUCCUCGGGCAAGCCGUACCUCUGCACGGAUGAGGAUCACUUCGGGGAUCCUUGCCGUGGCCGUGGCGAAGUCUGGAUCAAAGGCUUGUCCGUUGGAUCUGGUUAUUACAAGCUUCCGGACAAAACUGCAGAGGACUUUGACAAGGACGGGUGGUUCCACACAGGAGACAUUGGGCUCAUAACCCCAGCAGGUCAAGUCAAGAUCAUUGACCGAAAAAAGAACCUUGUCAAGCUCAAGGGCGGCGAGUAUGUCGCACUUGAGAUGAUCAAUGUAACCUACAACAAUGCAGAUAUCAUCAACGCCGACGCCGGAGGCAAGCGGAAAGAGCUGCUUGAGCUCGCAGCCAAAAACGGAGUCACUGGAAAAGAUGGCGAGGAGCUCUGCAGGGAUCCCAAGGUGAUGGCUGCAGUCAAGGCCGCUCUAGACGUGGUUGCGAAGGCGGGAAAGCUACCUUCCCUGAUGCAAGCCACGGCUGUCAUGCCGGUAUUGGAGCCAUGGACGCCAGACAACGGCUGCCUCACAGCGACUUCGAAGCUUGUGCCAAAGACAGUCUACAAAGUGCACGAGAAGGCUUCCGACCUCGUCCGCGAGUGCGAUUCUCACCAGUUUAUUGGUUCAUACACUCACUCCUGCUGCUCCAACGGCGGCCAUUUUUUGUGGGGCUGA